AUGGCAGAAUCAUCACGGAGAAUGAAAAGUAAAGAAUCAAAGGCGACAAAGAAGACAAAGUUGAGAUACGUACGUGAUGAAGAAGAGUCUAAUGAUGAUCGUCUUGACUUAGGAUUGUUGGAUGUUGAACCAGAUAACUUCAAUCCUACAUCUAACUUGUGUGACGACCCUUUUCUUAACAUUUUAUGUGAUGAUAAAAUGUUAAAGAAUAAUCAGUUUGAAGGGGACGAUGAAGCUGAUGUUGAAGACAUUCACCAAGAAGAGCUUGAGCAUGAACACCUUGAAGAUGAAAAUGGCUUGGAAGUGGGUGUCGAGUUUAGGGUGCACGAUCCUACCGUCAAGUGGAACCAAAUGAAGCCUACAGUUGGUGAGUUAUAUGAGUCUCCUGCUCAGUUAAGGUUUGCACUCACUAACUAUGCUGUAGCUAAUGGAUACCAACUUUGGUUCAUGAAAAGUGAUAAAGGCAGGAUAAAAUCUAUGGUGGAAACACAUCUUUGUGCAAGGAAUUAUAAUUUUGGACAUUUGGUUAGUUGUAAUUGGUUAGCAAAACACUACAUUAAGGACAUAAUUAGGAAGCCCAAAAUGACACUGCCUGAGAUGAUGGAGGAUGUCUUUACAAAAUAUUCAGUGAAAGUGUCAAAGGGGCAAUGUCAUAGAGCAAGGGUAAGGGCAAGGGAGAUGAUAGAAGGUAAGUUGGAGGAACACUAUGCUAAGAUAUGGGAUUAUGCCAACGAAAUCCUUAGAUCUAACCCUGGAAGUACAUGCAAAGUAGGAGUGUCCGUAAAUCCAGAUGGGGUGAAUUAUUUUGAACGUUUUUAUGAGAUUUUGACUGCUAUUGGAAGAGAUGCUAACAACCACGUGUAUCCAAUUGCAUGGGCUGUAGUAAAUGUAGAGAACAAAGAAAAUUGGACUUGGUUUUUACAGUUGUUGGUUGAUGACUUGGGUGUUGAGGAUGGAAGGGGUCUAGUUGUUAUUUCAGAUCAACACAAGGGACUUCUAGAAUCUGUGAAAGCUAUCCUUCCACAUGUUGAACACAGGCAGUGUGCACGACACAUUUAUGCCAACUUCAGGAAGAGGCAUGCAGACUUAGAAGAGGAUGUUAAUGAGAUUGAAGAUAACUUGCUUGAAGAAAACUUGGAAAUGGGUGUAGAUGCUAAUGAGAUUGAAGAUCACUUGGAAGCAGACUUAGAAGAGGAUGUUAAUGAGAUUGAAGAUAACUUGCUUGAAGAAAACUUGGAAAUGGGUGUAAAUGUUAAUGAGAUUGUGCCACCCGUGCAAGAAGUUGCUAUACAAGGUUUAGAUGCUAAUGCUUGGGUUGGUGAAGAUGAUGGGAAUAUUGACUUCAUUGAAGAUACACAAGUUGUUGGGAGGCCUAGGAAAAGGAAGAUUUCUGAGAGAAUUGUGAAGAUCAAGCUGAAGAAAGCAGUUUAUGAUAAGGAUGGAAGGGGUUCUAGUAUUAAGAAACCAGUUAAUUUGGAGUAGGACUAUUUAG